AUGUUCUCCCUCCGGACUGCUCGCCCUGCGCAGUCUGUCCUGCGAAGCGUUGCCGGUUCUUCGUCAUGUCUCUCUCGUGCCUCUGGAGGUGCCAGAUACAUGGCCACCGUCCAGUCGGAUAUCUUCAAGCCGACUAAGUAUGGCGGCAAAUACACAGUAACAUUGAUUCCUGGUGACGGUAUUGGUGUGGAAGUUGCGGAGUCCGUCAAGACCAUUUUCAAGGCAGAUAACGUCCCCAUUGAGUGGGAACAAGUCGAUGUUAGCGGUGUUGACUCUGGAAACAAGCACUCUGAAGACCUUUUCAGGGAAUCUAUCGCCUCCCUACGACGAAACAAGCUUGGACUAAAAGGAAUUCUUCACACUCCAAUUGAAAGAUCUGGCCACCAGUCUUUCAACGUCGCCCUUCGACAGGAGCUCGACAUCUAUGCUUCCAUUGUCUUGAUUAAGAACAUUCCCGGUUACCAGACCCGCCACAACAAUGUUGACCUCUGCAUCAUCCGUGAGAACACCGAGGGUGAAUACUCCGGCCUCGAGCACCAGCCCGUCAAUGGAGUCGUCGAGUCUCUCAAGAUUAUCACCCGCGCCAAAUCCGAGCGCAUUGCCAAGUUUGCGUUCAGUUUUGCUCUUGCCAACAACCGCAAGAAGGUUACCUGUAUCCACAAGGCCAACAUCAUGAAGCUUGCGGAUGGUCUCUUCCGCAGCACUUUCAAGAAGGUUGCAGAGAACUACCCAACUUUGGAAACCAACGACAUGAUUGUCGACAAUGCUUCUAUGCAGGCUGUGUCUAGACCGCAGCAAUUCGAUGUCAUGGUCAUGCCCAACUUGUAUGGUGGUAUUCUAUCCAACGUUGCUGCUGCUUUGGUCGGUGGCCCCGGAAUCGUUCCUGGAUGCAACAUGGGACGAGAUGUCGCUGUCUUUGAGCCCGGUUGCCGUCACGUUGGUCUUGAUAUCCAGGGUAAGGACCAGGCUAACCCAACGGCCUUGAUCCUUUCUGGUUCCAUGCUCCUCCGCCACCUUGGCCUGGACGACCAUGCCAACCGCAUUUCCAAGGCUGUCUACGAUGUCAUUGGUGAAGGUGCUGUUCGAACUCGUGACAUGGGAGGUCAGGCUACUACCCACGAGUUCACCCGAGCCGUCCUCGAUAAGAUGGAGGCCCAGCUCUAA